CCAUGUGAUAAGCAGCCUCACACUCUCGCGAGUUUGGCACUCAUCCUCUUCUUCUGCUCCCAACAGAGUUCUGUGGAUUUUUGGCUCCCAAAAUGUCUACAGAGAAGAUCAGAAACAAGAAGAUCGCUCUCAAAGACUACGUCACAGGUUACCCAAAGGAAGACGACCUCCUUCUUCUCUCCUCCGAUGUCGAGCUCAAAGUUCCCACUGGUUCCAAUGCCGUUCUCUUAAAAAAUCUCUACCUUUCUUGCGACCCAUAUAUGAGGGGAAAAAUGUCGAAACCCGUCGUCAAGAGCUACACCGAUUCUUUCACUCCCGGAUCUGUUAUUACUGGUUAUGGUGUUGGUAAAGUUGUAGAUUCUGGAAAUCUGAACCUCCAAGCAGGAGAUUUGGUUUGGGGGAUCACUGGGUGGGAAGAAUAUAGUCUUAUAGAAGCGCCUGAAAGGCUGAUCAAAAUUAAGUACACUGAUGUGCCGCUUUCCUACUAUACGGGAAUUCUGGGAAUGCCAGGGCUUACAGCUUACGUUGGAUUCAAUGAAUUAAGCACCCCUAAAAAGGGAGAAACAGUUUACGUUUCUGCUGCCUCAGGAGCUGUCGGCCAACUUGUUGGCCAGUUUGCUAAGUUAACGGGUUGCUACGUGGUUGGAAGUGCAGGCUCUCAGGAGAAGGUUGAUCUUCUUAAGAACAAGUUUGGAUUUGAUGAAGCAUUUAACUACAAAGAGGAGCAUGAUCUCAAUGCUGCUCUGAAAAGAUACUUCCCUGAUGGAAUCGACAUCUAUUUUGAAAAUGUUGGGGGCCCAAUGCUCGACGCCGUUCUCCUCAACAUGAGAAACCAUGGCCGGAUCGCCGUCUGCGGGAUGAUUUCGCAGUACAAUCUCACCGAGAAAGACAGCAUCCAUAACCUCUUCUGCAUCGUGUCGAAGCGAAUUCGGAUGCAAGGAUUCAUCGAACCGGAUCACAAGCACCUAUAUCCUCAGUUUCUGGAGCUUGUGAUUCAGUACAUAAGGGAAGGAAAACUGACAUAUGUUGAGGACAUUGCUGAGGGAAUUGAGAAGGCCCCUUCAGCACUCAUCGGACUCUUCUCCGGUCGCAAUGUCGGCAAGCAGGUUGUCGUGGUUGCUCAUGAAUAAUUUACGUCGAACAGGUAUGGACGAAAUUUCAGUUUUUGUGGCUGUUUUGUUUGGGUUAUGGUGAUGAAUGUGGGUGAGUGAUAUGGGGUUUAUAUGCGUUGGAUUACUGAGAAUAAAUGUGUUUUUGUAUGAUGUGAAGGU